UUAAACGUAAUAAUCUGGUGACCAAAUGUCUCUCUUUGUUUGUAGCUAGCAAGCUAGGCUAGAAUAAACUAUCUUCAAAAUGCAUCGAGACAAGUUCUCCUGGACACAAAUAUUUAAUGAAUGAUGCUUUAGUACGGUAAAAUAAUGAUGGAUGUCUGUCGAGCCUUCAAUGCAGAACAAAUUUGAAAAGAAGUAUAUCUGCAAUGGGUGGCAUGGAAGAUGACUGGUUAGCACAUCUGUCUCACAGUUAUGAGGUUUGGGGUUCAAAUCCCAGCCUCGCCUGUGUGGAGUUUGCGUGUUCAGCGCCUGCAUGGGUUUCCUCCGGGCACUCCGGUUUCCUCCCACAUCCCAAAAACAUGCAUGACAUCACUGAAGAUCUUCGUACUGACCAGCAGGAGCCAGAGCCCCUUCACAUUAAAGAGGAAGUGGAGGACGAAGAACGCACACUGAACGGAAACUGUUGCGAUCGUCGUGUGAAAAUGUGUGCAAGGACACCAGAGUACGAGGAGGAACUUUGUGGCCCAAAAGAGGAGAAGGAGCCACAACGUCAACUACUGGACGCUGUGUUCAAUCUGCAGCCUCGAAUUGUGCUACACAGAGCAGACGUCAGUGAAAAUCUUCAUCCUGAGCGGCAGCAGUCUGUGUCCCCUCACAUCAAAGAGGAAGAGGAGGAUGAAGAGGUUCAAUACAUCAAAGAGGAGGAUGAAGAGUUCCUUCACAUUAAAGAGGAAGAGCAGGAGGAAAUCAUCAAGGUUCCAUCGACUGGUGUCCCUUUGAAGAGUGAAGAUGAAGGUCGAAGUGAUGAGAGACGAGGGUCGGAGCCACCAAACAGCAACAGCUCAAGUAAUGGAAACCACUGUGGAGGAUCACAAACAGACGGUGAUGAUGAUGAUGAUGUUGAUGAACAGUUGGAAGGUGAUAUGACAUGUCACACUGCCAAUAAAUGCUGGAAAUGUUCUAAAUGUAGGAAAACAUUUGCUUCUAAGAGGAAUUUCAACCGACACAUGAAAAUACACACUGGAGAAAAGCCUUUUGCAUGCUCAGUUUGUGGUCAAAGAUUCUCCCAAAAGGAAAGCUUAAAUAGACACACAAGAACCCACACUGGUGAGAAACCUUUUGCAUGCUCAGUUUGUGGUCAAACCUUCUCUCAGAAUGGAACCUUAAAAAUACACACAAGAACACACACUGGUGAGAAACCUUUUACCUGCUCAGUUUGUGGUAAAAGAUUCUCUCACAAGAGACAUUUGACACGUCACGCAAGAACACACACUGGAGAGAAGCCUUUUGCAUGCCCAGUUUGUGGUCAAAGAUUCUCCCAAAAGGAAAGCUUAAAAAUACACACAAGAACACACACUGGUUGGAAACCUUUUGCCUGCUCAGUUUGUGGUAAAAGAUUCUCUCACAAGAGACCUUUGACACGUCACGCAAGAACACACACUGGAGAGAAGCCUUUUGCAUGCCCAGUUUGUGGUCAAAUAUUCUCCCAUAAGGAAAGCUUAAAAAUACACACAAGAACCCACACUGGUGAGAAACCUUUUGCCUGCUCAGUUUGUGGUCAAAGAUUCUCUCACCAGAGACAUUUGACACGUCACGCAAGAACACACACUGGAGAAAAGCCUUUUGCAUGCGCAGUUUGUGGUCAAAGAUUCUCCCGAAAGGAAAGCUUAAAAAUACACACAAGAACACACACCAGAGAGAAACCUUUUGCAUGCCCAGUUUGUGGUCAAAGAUUCUCUCACAAGGGAUAUUUGACAGGUCACGCAAGAACACACACUGGAGAGAAGCCUUUUGCAUGCUCAGUUUGUGGUCAAAGAUUCACUCGGAAGCAACACUUAAAAAUACACACAAGAACACACACUGGUGAGAAACCUUUUUCCUGCUCAGGUUGUGGUCAAAGGUUCUCUCAGAAGCAACACUUAAAAAUACACACAAGAAUGCACACUGGUGAGAAACCUUUUGCAUGCUCAGGUUGUGGUCAAAGAUUCUCUCGUAAGGAUCGGGUUAAGACACACAAGUGUCCUGGUGAGACAAGCAGUGAUCAAGAAGCUUUUAAUGCAAAUGUAAAUGUUUAAUAUAAAAGUAAUUACUAUGUUACUGACAGAAAUCUACAUGCUUGUAUUCUGUGUACCAGCUUUUAUUGUAUGUAUCUUCUUCUUGUCCAUAUAGUUUCUAAAAGCCCCGUGAGUGUUAAGAAUGAACGCCCAGACUUCCCUUUCCCCAGCCACUUCAUCCAUCUCUUCCGGGGGGAUCCCGAGGCGUUCCCAGGCCAGCCGAAGGAUGUAGUCUCUCCAGCGUGUCCUGGGUCGUCCCCGGGGUCUCCUCCCGGUGGGACGUGCCCAGAACACCUCACCAGGGAGGCGUCCGGGAGGCAUCCGAAUCAGAUGCCCCAGCCACCUCAUCUGGCUCCUCUCGAUGUGAAGGAGAAACGGCUCUCCUUUGAGCUCUUCCCGGAUGACCGAGCUUCUCACCCUAUCUCUGAGGGAGAGCCCGGACAACCUGCGGAGGAAACUCAUUUCGGCCGCUUGUAUCCGGGAUCUUGUUCUUUCGGUCACGACCCACAGCUUGUGACCAUAGGUGAGGGUAGGAACAUCGAUCGACCGGUAAAUCGAGAGCUUCGCCUUUCGGCUUAGCUCCUUCUUUACCACAACGGAUCGAUACAAAGUCCUUAUCACUGCAGACGCUGCACCGAUCCACCUGUCGAUCUCCCGUUCCAUUCUUCCCUCACUCGUGAACAAGACCCCAAGAUACUUGAACUCCUCCACUUGGGGCAGGAUCUCAUCCCCGACCUGGAGAGGGCACGCCACCCUUUUCCGACUGAAGACCACGGUCUCAGAUUUGGAGGUGCUGAUUCUCAUCCCAGCCGCUUCACACUCUGCUGCGAACCGCUCCAGUGAGAGUUGGAGGUCACGGCUUGAUGAAGCCAACAGAACCACAUCAUCUGCAAAAAGCAGAGAUGCAAUACUGAGGCCACCAAACCGGACCCCCUCUACGCCUCGGCUGCGCCUAGAAAUUCUGUCCAUAAAAAUUAUGAACAGAAUCAGUGACAAAGGGCAGCCUUGGCGGAGUCCAACCCUCACUGGAAAAAAGUCCGACUUACUGCCGGAUAUGCGGACCAAACUUUGACUCCGGUCGUACAGGGACCGAACAGCCCGUAUCAGGGGGUUCAGUACCCCAUACUCCCGAAGCACCCUCCACAGGACCACCCGAGGGACACGGUCGAACGCCUUCUCAAGUCCACAAAACACAUGUAGACUGGUUGGGCGAACUCCCAUGCACCCUCGAGGACCCUGCCAAGGGUGUAGAGCUGGUCCACUGUUCCACGGCCAGGACGAAAACCACACUGCUCCUCCUGAAUCUGGGAUUCAACUUCCCGAUGGACCCUCCUCUCCAGCACCCCUGAAUAGACCUUACCAGGGAGGCUGAGGAGUGUGAUCCCCCUGUAGUUAGAACACACCCUCCGGUCCCCCUUCUUAAAAAGGGGGACCACCACCCCAGUCUGCCAAUCCAGAGGCACUGUCCCCGAUGUCCACGCGAUGUUGCAGAGGCAUCUCAACCAGGACAGCCCUACAACAUCCAGAUCCUUGAGGAACUCCGGGCGAAUCUCAUCCACCCCCGGGGCCCUGCCACCGAGGAGCUUUUUAACCACCUCGGUGACCUAAACCCCAGAGAUAGGAGAGCCCACCUCAGAGAACCCAGACUCUGCUCCCUCAUGGGAAUGCGUGUCGGUGGAAUUGAGGAGGUCUUCGAAGUAUUCUCCCCACCGGCUCACAAAAUCACGAGUCGAGGUCAGCAGCGCCCCAUCCCCACUAUCCACAGUGUUGAUGGUGCACUGCUUUCCCCUCCUGAGACGUCGGAUGGUGGACCAGAAUUUCCUCGAAGCCGUCCGGAAGUCUUUCUCCAUGGCGUCACCGAACUCCUCCCAUGCCCGGGUUUUUGCUUCAGCGACCACCAAAGCUGCAUUCCGCUUGGCCAGCCGGUACCCAUCAGCUGCCUCAGGAGUCCCACAGGCCAAAAAGGCCCGAUAGGACUCCUUCAGCUUGACGGCAUCCCUCACCAUUGGUGUCCACCAACGGGUUUGGGGAUUGCCGCCACGACAGGCACUGACCACCUUACGGCCACAGCUCCGAUCGGCCGCCUCAGCAAUGGAGGCGCGGAACAUGGUCCACUCGGACUCGAUGUCCCCCGCCUCCCCCGGAACAUGAGCAAAGUUCUGUCGGAGGUGGGAGUUGAAACUCCUUCUGACAGGGGAUUCCGCUAGACGUUCCCAGCAGACCCUCACAAUAUGUUUGGGCCUCCCACAUCGGACUGGCAUCUUCCCCCACCAUCGGACCCAACUCACCACCAGGUGGUGAUCAGUUGACAGCUCCGCCCCUCUCUUUACCCGAGUGUCCAAGACAUGCAGCCGCAAGUCCGAUGACACGACCACAAAGUCGAUCAUCGAACUGCGACCCAAAAAGUCGAUCAUCGAACUACGACCUAGGGUGUCCUGGUGCCAAGUGCACGUCUGGACACCCUUAUGCUUGAACAUGGUGUUCGUUAUGGACAAUCCGUGACGAGCACACAAGUCCAAUAACAGAACACCGCUCGGGUUCUGAUCGGGGGGGCCGUUCCUCCCAAUCACGCCCUUCCAGGUCUCACUGUCAUUGCCCACGUGAGCAUUGAAGUCCCCCAGCAGAACGAUGGAGUCCCCAGCGGUAGCGCUCUCAAGCACCCCCUCCAAGGACUCCAAAAAUCGUGGGUACUCUGAACUGGUGUUUGGUUCAUAGGCACAAACAACAGUCAGGACCCGUCCCCCCACCCGAAGGCCUUCGAGCCCCAACUCCAGGCCUGGCUCCAGAGGGGGGCCCCGGUGACCCGCUUCCGGGCAAGGGAAACCUGUGUCCAUAAUUUGUCUUCUUCAUAAGGGGUCUUUGAGCCGUGCUUUGUCUGGUCCCUCACCUAGGACCUGUUUGCCAUUGGUGACCCUGCCAGGGGCGUGAAGCCCCAGACAACUUAGCUCCUAGGAUCAUUGGGACACACAAACCCCUCCACCACGAUAAAGUGACGGCUCAAGGAGGGGAAACUCGGUCGUAAUUUGCUAAAAUCAUUGAGGUUGGAAUUGUUGAAAUCUUUGCAGAUUUAUUAAAAAAGAAUAACUGAAAUAUCACACAGCCAUAAGUAUUCCGACCCUUUGCUCAGUUUUUAGUAGAAGCGCCCUUUUGAGCUAAUACAGCCAUGAGUCUUUUUGGGAAUGAUGCAACAAGUUUUUCACAACUGGAUUUCCUAAUCAAGUCCGAUCAGUAUCAUCAAACACAGCUGGACUCCAAUGAAGGUGUAGAACCAUUUGAAGGAUGAUCAGAAGAAAUGGACAGCACCCGAGUUAAAUAUAUGAGUGUCACAGCAAAGGGUCGGAAUACUUAUGGAUGUGUGAUAUUUCAGUUUUUCUUUUUUAAUAAAUCAGCAAAAAUUUCAACAAUUCCGCUUUUUUUGUCAAUAUGGGGUGCUGUGUGUACAUUAAUGAGGAAAAAAAAUUGUGAUUUUAGCAAAUGGCAAUUUUAGAGUGAAAAUUUUAAGGGGGUCUGAAUACUUUCCGUACCCACUGUAUGUAUGUAUGUAUCGAUCAAAUAUAUGUAUAGAUCACAAAUUUGUUUCUGCAGAUGGCAUUGUGUGACAGAUGUGGACUGUCAUAAUGUCGGACGACCCAUAACGAAGGUCUCCUGUCCCGAAACUGCGGCUGAUCUGAUUUGAGCUUAUCUGAUCCAUAAACGCUAGUUUGAAGCUGUCAUGAGUAGAAAUGUCUGCAUAUAUUUUGGUGAUGAUUGUUGACAGUUGUGGGACAUGAAGCCACGUUUCUUGGGUUCAUGCAUGAGGCUUGCAAGGAUGUGGUGCUCGCCCAACGUGCUUGUGUCAUUUUAAUGAUGUCGUCCUCAUCCAUCCCAAUCCAUAAAUUUGCGUUUUUUAUUGUUUUUUUAUUUUUCAAGCACAUUAAAUUCGUGAUUGAACAUAAUUUCGGGGUACGAGCUGUUGUUCAUGUGAUGCAAUGAUAUAUGACAGCAAUGUAAGAUAUACAACGUAAUACCAGCUUGAACAAGGCGGUGUUUGGAAACUCAAGCAAUUUCCUGAAAAGUUGUCAUUUUGAAGGUGAGGGGAUUCCACCUGACAGCUGCGAUAUACAAAUAUGACCAAUUACUGCCACUUCAUAGUAUGGUACAUUCCUUUUCCACACCAGCUAUGCCAGUGCUUUUCAAUUUUCAAUUUUGUUGAUGAAAAAGGGGUGUUCGAAAGGGAAUUAGUGAUUUUCCAAUUGCUCCAAAAUGUAUUGAUAUUAUUGGAAAUGAGUGCCAGUUUAAUUUUCUUGAACAUGCAUGCAUUUUGUCCAAUAUUUUAGUGAUGUCAAUAAGUGAAUGAUUGAUUGAAAUAGACUGUAAAAAAAAAACUGACUUUUGGUGCUAAACUGUAACGUGUAUAUGUGAUCCUGAAUAAAGUACACUGCUUAAAACAGUGA